UUGAAUACGUCGUAAUAACAGAUAGUGUAUCCAAGAUGAAUUUAACACCAAAAUCAUUUAAAGAAAAGCGUUCAUUUGCACAAAGAGUUGCUGAUGUAGAAUUGAUCAGAGAACAGCAUCCAAAUAAAAUACCUAUUAUUGUUGAAAGAUAUUAUGGGGAAAAACAAUUACCUGUUUUGGACAAAUUCAAAUUUUUGGUGCCAGAUUAUUUAACAGUAGCAGAGUUCAUCAAAAUAAUUAGACGUAAGCUACAACUUCAUCCAACACAGGCAUUUUUUCUAUUAGUGAACCAAAGAAGUAUGGCAAGUGGUAGUAUGACAAUGGCACAACUUUAUCAGAGAGAAAAAGAUGAAGAUGGUUUUCUUUAUAUAGUAUUUGCUAGCCAAGAAGUAUUUGGGCAUUAAUUGUAUCAUUUUAGUUUAAAUGUAAGAGCAAACUUCUUUUGGAACAUUCUAUGUGCUAAAUAUUUUUAAGGACAUUUAGGGAGAAUUUUAGAUCUAUUAUGACUUAUAUCUGCCUUUAACUGAAUAUGCAGAAUCUUUGUGAUCAACUUGCAGUACCUGCUGAGAUAAUUAACAGAACAAUCAAGAUUGACAUUUGUGUAUAAAAUUAUUAUGGUGCUUUGGGCCUUCAGCAUAUGCAUUAAUUACAUAAGUUAAAGUAUAAGAUUAAUUUUUAGUUGCUAAUGACAGUACUUUCUCUUAUGAUUUGUUAAUAUUCAUAAAC